GAGAUUCUUCCCUUUCUCUCACAGUGACUAUUUGUUCAAGCUGCUUCUGAUUGGUGACUCUGGGGUUGGAAAGUCUUGUCUUCUUCUUCGAUUUGCGGACGACACAUACACAGAAAGUUAUAUUAGUACUAUUGGUGUGGACUUCAAAAUAAGGACCAUAGAACUGGAUGGAAAGACCAUCAAACUUCAAAUUUGGGAUACAGCGGGUCAAGAGCGGUUUCGUACAAUCACGUCCAGCUAUUACAGAGGUGCUCACGGUAUCAUUGUGGUGUACGAUGUCACCGAUCAGGAGUCUUUCAACAAUGUCAAACAGUGGCUGCAGGAGAUUGACCGCUACGCCAGUGAAAAUGUCAACAAGCUGCUGGUUGGGAACAAGUGUGACCUCACAACAAGGAAGGUGGUGGAUUACACCACAGCCAAGGAGUUUGCUGACUCUCUGGGCAUCCCUUUCUUAGAAACCAGCGCUAAGAAUGCAACCAACGUGGAGCAGGCCUUCAUGACCAUGGCUGCUGAAAUCAAGAGGAGGAUGGGCCCCGGGGCCGCAGCCGGAGGUGGGGAGAAGCCCAACGUGAAGCUGACCCCCGGCACUACUGUCCAACCUUCAUCAGGAGGAUGCUGCUGAGAGAGACGGCACAUCCACUUUGAACCCUGACCCCCCCAUCAGACUCCACUGUCCACUGUGCCCCAGGAAGUCCCACCCACAGCCAGAGAGAAGAGCUGAUUGACAGAGAGAGAGAGUGUGUGUGUGUGUGUUUGUACUGUAGAUAAUGUAGCAGCGCGACUCAAGUUCUUGAGGAGAAAUGGUGAUGCCUCCACCUCUGACCUCUGACCUCAGACUGCACUUUGACCUGGUCCAGAACCCUCUGCAUUCCUCCGGUGGGGCUGCUUCAUCACUUUCUUUCAUUUCUUCUUCUCUUUCCAAAGGGCAUGUUGGUCUGUUUUUGUUUUUGAACUGUGCACAGGAGCAACUCUCUCCUGCCCCCUGGUGGUCUGGUGGGGCAGUGUAAGUACAUGCACAUCUUGUGCGUGUGUGUCGUCGUGCUCGAUGCGUGAUGGGGACACUUUUGAAUCUGUCUCUCUGUGAGAUUUGUGGCUGAAGGUGAUUGUAAAUUUGUUUCUCAACAUGUAAGACUUGAUUUGAAAAUAAAUAUUGUAAGACCAGACUCUGAAA